AAAAAGAAGAAAGAGAAGAAGAAAUCUAGCAGGGUGAGGAGAGACCUCCAGUAUUUUCACGGCCUCCUGUGCGGCACUACUGCCUCCGAUGCACUCAUACACUCGUGUUUGCUCUCUGAGCCGCUUUCUCAUUGCGUUCUGUGAUUGUAAAGUUUUAAUUAUAAACAAGCGAAUCAGCUCAAGUCUAAUGAACCCUGCUUCCAUUGUGUUUUGGUCAAGCAUUCUUCAUCUUCCUCCUCCUCAUCGAGUUCUGAUUCCUCCAGCAGCUCCUCCUCAGAGUCUGAAGAUGAGGAUGAAAAGAAGAGCAUGAAAAAGAAGCGAAAGAGAAAGAAGACGUCGGCCAGGAGACCGUCGGAGAGCUCAGAGGAAGAAUCCGAUGCGGAAAGCAAGAAAAGGAAAAGAUUCAAGGAAGAAGGGGACAAAGAUAAGGAUGAGAAGGCCCGCAGAAAAAAAAGGAAGGCUGAAAGAGGUCAUAAAGAUUCAUCUUCCGAGUGGUCUGCAGACUCGGAUGGGGAAGAGAUGACUGAAGCCAAGAAGAAAAGGAGAAGUAGUGAGGAAAAGGAGAAAUUCACUGACAAAUCCAAGAAGAAAAGGAAAAAGAAGCACAAGAAACACGGCAGAAAAAAGAAAAAGAAGACAGCAUCUCAGUCGGACUCAGAGCUCGACUAAGAACCUUCACGGUUCUCUCACCCUCCUGACAGAUCACUAGUAGUGUCAUUUCUGCCUUUGACUACCAAAAACUUCUCCCAUCCAGCUUCGGUCAUCACACUUGAACAAGGAGACCUACAGACUUGCUGGACUGCUGCGUGUGAAGUGUAAAUGAGGGAGGCACCGUCCCUCAUAAGUGGCUACUACCGGUACAUAUCUUUAUGUUGAUAAUUUUUUUUUAUCAUCAUGCUUUUUGUAGAUUUCUUUAAGUUACACUCAGCGACAGGACUGAAGUGAUUUCCACAUUUUCCCACCCUUUUUUUUCUUUUCUUUUUUUUUUUUUCCAUCUCGGAGAUUUCUCAGCACCUGGCACUCGCCACCACCUUCAGUAUGCUGGUCCUCUAGGAGUUGCUUUCUCCUCUUCACACCCAACAUCUUCCAUUGCUACAUGAGGCUGAUAUGCUAGUGCCUGUGUCAUGCAUGUAGACUCUAUGACCUGAUGUCUCGCCAGCCUCAUAUUGAAGUUGGAUCUGUUAUAAAAAAAAAAAACAAAUGUGAGCUACACACAGUCAACGUUAAUACAAGGGAUAAUUGUUUUAUUAGAUGAGUUGUUACACUGCAGUGUAAAUGUAUAAACAGUGGAAUUCAUUAAUAAAGUAUUGUUUUAGCCUUU